GCUCAAUGUUCGUGUCAGAGCUGCUGAUAUGCCCGUUCUUUUGCAAGACCGAGCUUUUAGGUGUGCUCGUGACCAGCUUGACUCCAUGCCUGGAAAGCUUGAUAGCAAACGCCUCGCUCUUGCCCUGAAAAAGUUUUUACUGGUUUGCCAGGAAUUUGAUGCUGCAUAUGGUCCAGCUUGGCACUGCAUUGUUGGAACUAGCUUUGGUUCAUAUGUUACUCAUUCCACAGGAGGUUUCUUGUAUUUUUCGAUCGACAAGAUGAACGCCUUUAAGAUACGAAGUUCAUGGGAAGUCAACUAGCCGAUCCUUUAUUUUGAUUACGGAAACUACCAAAUUAUAGCUAUUGGCUCGUAUGGAAAUGCAACGGAUCCGUGCAAAUGUUGUCUUUGUUAUGCAUGCAUAGGUGGACCUACGAUAAUUUGGAUUCUUGCGUUCAUUUGCUUAGCAAGCAAGAAAUGAAUAGGUUUUGACAGUGUCAAAUGACUGGAAGUUGCAAUUACAAAUGUGCGGUUCACAUUGCUAGACGUAUGUGUGAUGUUACUCAGUUCCAAAACUCUUUCUUUAUUUUUCUUGUCUGGCUGUGUCAUCCUUUUACACCUCUUUCCUUGAACUCUUCCCCUUUAUAAAUUAUCUUUUGAACUCAAAUUACAAUAUUUGAGCUUGAUUGGGGACAUGGGGAUUUUACAUUAUGUAGAGAACAAAAUGCAUGAAAGUAAAGAAUACUUUAUGCAGCCUCUGCAAAUUCUGUAUGCUUUUUUUUCUCAUCUUGGUUCCAAAAAUAGAUAUACAAACCGAGAGGUGGAACCAGGGCCACCUCAUGAGGCUCUAUUUUUUGUCCUGGCUUACCUCGAUGUAUUUGACCUUCUUGUCAUGAGUGAAGUUUGCAUGCCACUCAGAGAUGCAGUGAGCAAAGAUGUAUUACCGUGGCGGAAUAUCAUCAUUGAAAGGCCUUUGAACUCGAGAUUGUCUGAUGAGAUUCUGGUGCAAAUCACUUCGAAGGCACAUGGCAGACUCAGAACUUUGGCUCUCAUAAACUGUUUCAAGAUCACAGAUGAUGGCCUUCAAACUGUCAUUGAAAAAAAUCAUUUAAUCAGUAAGCUCCACGUACCCGGAUGCUCUGGCUUAACCCCUGAGGGAAUCAUAAGAAUUGUGAAGACACUAUCCCAACAUCACAACAGCUUAGAGAGUUUACAGAUAAACGGUAUCCACAACCUAAAGAAAGAACACCUGGAAACAAUUUCUUCUCAUCUUCAAAUGAACCCACCGCAUCAAAAGCCACAGCCUAUCCUGUAUCAUCACCAUAGCAGUUCCUUAACAUCAAGAAACGAAGAAAGUAACCGCAUGAUUGAUGUGGACAUCUGUCCAAAGUGCAAUGAAGUAAGAACAGUUUUCGACUGCCCGAGGGCGACCAGCAAGAGUGGGAGAGAGCACUCAUUCACCCAUUGUAGAGGAUGCUACUUUUGCAUUAGUAGGUGUGAAGAGUGCGGACAAUGUGUGGAUGAUGAAGAACUGGAAGAGACUCUUUGUUUUGGUAUUUUGUGUACAGAUUGCUGGCUUCUUCUUCCAAAAUGUUGUUUUUGCAACCAGGCAUACUGUAAGCAACAUGAGAAUUAUCGGUGCAGUCUUCCAGACAGUACUGGGUUUCUAUGUGACCUUUGUAACGAGAAACUCGAAACUUAUGGGGAACUAGAGUAGUGAUAUUCAGUAUUAUGUUGAGACAGAGAAAUCUUCAAACUUAUGGCAGCUUUCUUCACAUAUAUUUCUUAUA